CCGUUUUGAAAUGUGCUGCAAGAGACAGUGCGAGUCGCGAGUGCCGUGCUGAUGUACCACAAUAUUAAUCUAUUUACAUUCUAAUAUCCUAAGUCCUAGUUCAACUGUUUUCAACAACCAAGUACCAUUAUUCAACAUUGAUAGAUGGCUUCAGAUAAUGUUGAAUUUUAUGAACGCAUGCAAAAACUACAGGCAAUCCAACAACAGAGAGAAAAACAGAGAAUGAGUCUUGAGCAAGAAUUCAACACGUACCUCAAGUCAGACAAGAGAUUAAACAAAGUGCGUGCCAGCAAACUGCAGAGUUACUGGACCAAAAUCUGUGAGGAUGAACGUCGAAGCCGUGCUCGCAACGAACAGCUCUUGCGGGAAUAUGACCGUGUGGAGGCUCACGUGGCUGCUCUGUCUGCCAGAACUGAUAGGCUGAGAUUGCUGAAGGAUCAGUAUGAGAAGCAGAUGGAAAUGAUGUUCCCGCAGUGGCAGGAGCAAGUGGAGCUCAGGCGGCGACAGCAACUGCUGCAGCAACAGAAGGAGCAACAGCAACUUGCCCAGCAACUUCAGCAUCUGCAGCAAGCACAAGGACGGCCACAGCAGCAGCAGCACUAUCAGCCCCCAAAUCAGCUGCCCGCACAGCAACAACGGCCAGCGCGAUCCAUACCACAACAGCAACUGGGUCAUAUGACGUUUUCUGGGUACCAGCAGCAGCAGCAGCAGUUGCAGCCACCAGUGCAACAGCACCCGUCUUUACAGCCCAUGGAUUUGAACGGCGAUUACCAUCGCCUGCGACGUACCAGUCCACUUGUGCCUAACCUCCACGUCCAGCCAAACACACCACCCAUUGGCACAUCAGAAGAUCCUCGCUAUGCUAGCAUCCGGUUUAGCACCCAACCACUGAGUAGUUUGGCAUAUGGGACCCCCACGAUGGGACACGGGCAGCCAGCAAACACUCAAGCAGGCAACGAGUUUGAUAACUAUGAAGUGCCAAGCACGUUUGGAAUGAGUCAACCUGUACUGCAGAAUGGAUCCUUAGGUAGCCAGGAUCAGGCAAGCGGUAUUGCAUCAUCAGGACAGGUUGGCUUAAGUGGGAAGGGUUCCAGUUUACAAGCACUGCCACCAAACACUGAUGCAGGAUACACGAAGCUCCGACCUGAAAGCCAAAGUCUCAAGUCUUUACCUGCAGCUGCACAGUCGAGUGGCGCAUCUGUGUAUACGGAAGUCCGGCAUGGGGGAUUCGCUGGAGUCACCCCGCAGAUUGAAGCAACCCCCGAGCCAGAGCCUCAUGGGAUCGCACACAGUUCUGAGUCCCCAGGAACACACACGGCAUCUGCAGGCGUUUCUGGUGGAGAGACCAGAGUGGAACUGCAACAAGAUUUGAAGCAUCAGCAACUAGCAGCAGCGGCCCAAGGCAGCAUCAGCAUGCAGGGCAGACAAGCACCACAGGUCCUGUUAGCUGAUGAUGACGACAGUAUUGUGACUCCUCUAGAUGAGGAGGAUCUGUAUCUCGAGCCAUCGGCUACCGAGUCGGGUGGGGAGAAGCUCCAGCCCAAAUCUAGUGAACUGCUGAAACCUGCAGAGCGUGCAAGCUCAGCCGUGAGUGCAAAGGCAAUAUCAACUGCCCGCACUGAUCUUUUUACCUCAGAAGAUGAUGAUGAUGAUGAUGAUGAAUACGAAGGUGAAGAUAGAGAUGACAGCACAGAAAAGGAGGCCUUGCGAGAUGCUCUGCAAAAACAGCUUAAUCUCGGAGAUGCUGCAUCCGAAAGAAGACAAGCUGAUGGAGUACAGAACAGAAAAGAGCCACAAGAACAAGCUAACUUGCCGAAAGAGGACAUGUUAGGGAAGCAUAAUGGUGGGAAUCAACCACAACGGCUCCAGGAAUCGAGUGCCCACGAUGAGAAGAGUCAAGAUGAAAUCUCUGGGAGUGACGACAGUGAGAUCGGCAGCGAUAUCAGCCUACCGCUGAGUGAUACAGCUGAGGGAGCUGGUCCAGCGAACGGUCAGAAACCUUUGGGGAAGGACCAAGCGGCCAGCAAGUCGGAUCAAGAUGUCAGGCCACAACCACAGGUUGCCAUGGAAACAGUGACUGAGCAAGGCUUCUGGCGACUGGUGUCAGCGGUGGAACAGGAGAUCGAGGAAUCGGACAAUAUUGAGAAGAUUUACAAUUUCCCAGAGUGCACCACAGCCAUCAAAACAGAAAUUGUCAGGACUGCCAAUAAUAAUGGCAGCUUGGAUCAUCUAGACCCCAAUGCCAUCAGUAUGGUAGUCUUGGAACAGCUACAACAGAUUGCACAUGCUAUGCCAGGAGAAUGCCUGCUGUCUGAUAAGCUACUGGACACCAAACGCACCAUUACGGAGGUCACCAUCAGGUCCUUCUUGUACUCCUCGGCCCUAGCGUUCUGGGAUAAACUCCUUCAGCACCUGGUCCUGCUCAUCAGAAAGGGUGUGAUGGAUGCGGAGGAGGUGGCCAGCCUAGUGGCCCCUCGUCUCAUCGGCAAAGACUCCACCAUGGCUACCAAGGCCUUUGAUGUCAUGUCAAGCAUCUUAGAAAGACUUCAUGAGCAGGAGGAGGACAGUCAGUUGGACGAUACUUACUCCACCCUGCCCUCUGCUUCGGCCACACCCUCUCAUCUGGACACGCCCCAUGAGACAAGGGAUCGACAUCAGGCCCCUCCCGAAGUGCCACCUCUGGACCUGGGCGAUACCGGCGAUCAUGCAACGCCAGACCUAGAGACCGACCGAGUCAGCCAUGACAGUUUCUUUGAUGAACCUGCAGUGCCCCUCACAGAGACCAAGGCUUACCAGCAGUUGAUGCAGAGCUCCCAGGGUCACCCGGUAACCAGCCAGGACGGGAACCAGGGAAACAGUGAUGUUGAGGAGGGAGUGGAGGGAUUGUCAGACGAUGAUGAAGACGAUGAAAUAGAGAGAGCAACCAGACUAACUCCAGAGACGCCACCAUCGUCCAGAAACAAAAAGAGGAGAAACGUCUUGUCGUCUUUUGGAGGCAGCGGAAGCUUAGGCAUCAGCUAUGGGGAUGAUGACGAAGAUAAGGAUACAAGGGGCAACGCUGGCGCUGACGGUGGAGCGACCAAGCGAUCCGAGGUGUCAGAUCUUGUCAGCUCACCGUCCCCAUCACCCAGCCCUAAAGGCUCUGGAUAUGUCCCGUCCGCCAUGGAACAAAGCUUGAAGUCUACCGGGCGGAGUGACCCCAUGCAAAGGUCAGCUGCUUUCUGGGGUGAGGAGUCGGACAUGGAGGAAUCGGAGAUGAGCGUUCCCAUGGGAACGGGAACCCUGAAGUCAGACGAUCUCAAGGAUGAUUUUGAUUUCUAUGACUGAUCACUGAGACAUUCAUAUAUGCAAAUAUCUAUCAUUACCAUUCCGAAUUUAUCCUUAACAUUCCUUUCAUAAAAAAAAAUUAAAUUGCUUUGAGUAAAGUACUUGAUCAUCUUGCGUAUGACCCAUGCAGCUGCCUUAAGAGAAUAUCCGACUCCAUGAAAUAUGGACUCAUUGGUAGUAUUGCGCAUGCGUAAGUACGAUAAUAUGCUAUUGUUAGGAUCAUAUGGGAGAGUGACCUGUCACGUGCGAGGGAUUAACCAAUAAUGGGGAAAAGAAGUCCGAUUUUCAUAGGAGUCGGAUUUUCAUAUGACAACGGGUCUAAGUUGGUGAGCCAGGUCAGAGCAUGAUCCGUCAUUAGGUGGCUUUCCUUGAUGCCCCCUGAGAACCUCCUCAGCAUGCAAUCAUACACAAUAUAUGGGAUGGUCUGGUCUGGGUGGUCACAAUCGCAUGCCAAGUUGUCCUGGAACUACCACUUGAAGAGAUGAUGUGCAGUCCUGGCUUGCAGGGUGCCAAUCCUGUUUUACAGGCAUGCAACUUUUCCUCAGAUCCACUGAUUUCCUCGUUUUUCACUUCUCAUCAAUUGAAAAACACUGUACAAAGUCUGGUGUGGUUUGGAGUGUCCUCAUUUUUUUCCAAAUUCCCAGUUGCAUGCCUGGUUCUAUGGUGGUCCACUGUCGCCUGCCAAGGCUGACACCUGGAGGCCCCACGGUAGGAUCCUGUAAGAGGUCCUUCUUGGCAAAUUCCCCGUUGUCCCAGAGACUGCGGCAGGCCUCCUUUGCAAAUACAUUGUCAUUCAGUGACUGCAGAGACCCAGAAGGGUUUGCGAUAUUUUAGUCGCAGCUUGGGUUGAUUAUCUAGGUCCUUAUGGAUAGGUACCGGUAGGUCUGGGCUGGCUUCAAUGCAGUCAUAUUUCUUCAGGGUCCUUGCCUUUCACUGUACAUCAGGAGGUGUGAUAUUGGACAAUACAGGGCGCCACUGGUAGGCACAUUAGGUGAUUUUUAUUACUUCCAAGA